AUCUCCUCCUCCCUAUAGAGGAGGGAAGAGAAAAAAGUGAAAGAGAGAGUGAGAGAGUGUGUGAGAAAAAUAUCAUGGCUAGCAAACUCGCCGGAGCCUCGCCGACGCCGGCAACAUCAUCUCCUCCUCGGCCGCCGGCAGUCUGUUGCAUGUGCGGCGAUCACGGUCUAGCCCGUGAGCUCUUCCGGUGCAGAGUCUGCUUCUUCCGGUCUCAGCACAAAUACUGUAGCAAUCUCUACCCCAAAGCACGCUCUUAUCAAACUUGCAACUGGUGUUUAAGGGAAGAUAUAAGAAGCAGUAAGCUCUCUUUGGAAGCAGAACUGUCCAUCGCCGGCAAUAAUAUCUCAGCACUACUUUUGACGCCGGUUGCCCAAAGAAGCAGUGGCUGCGGAAACUUCACCGCCGGCGGAGGACUAAAGCUCACCCAGCGGUCUUUUGCUCCGUUGCUCAGUAAGCCGGCGAAGAAGCAAAGAUUAAUGCCGGCGGAGCGGCCGCAAAGUAGUGGGAAUAGGAAGGGGAGGCAGGUGUUCAGAGGUAAGGUUAGGAGGUAUAAACUCUUGGAAGAGGUCAUUUGUUAAAGAUAAGAGGGUAUUGGAAAUGGAAAAACAAAUGUGAAGUAAAAAGAGGAAGAAAAAGAAAGGCUAAUAUAUAUUUAGUUAGUACUUAUUUUUAAUUUCUUAAUUAAUUAGGCCUUUCUCAUGAUUAUUACGUUUCAAUUUUAUAAUAAAGCUUAAAUUAUUUUAAUUGAA